AUGGAUUUCGUCAAGAAGGCCGCCGAGGGCAUCAAGGGCUCCUCCUCGGGCCAGAACAAGGACCAGCAGGCUGCCCAGGGCGGCGAGGGCCAAAAGGAGGACUACGUCGACAAGGCCUUUGCCUUUGCGUCGUCCAAGUCCGGCCACAACAUCAGCCGCGAGCAGCAGGAGAAGAUUACCGACGGCGGCCGCAGCGCCUACGAAAAGGCCACCGGGAGCAAGGUCGACCCCAAGAUCUCCAACUAG